AUGUCGAAGAGUAGAUCUGUGCUGUUUCUCUUCGCGUCGCACCCUCAGUUGAGCUCAUCGGCCGCGAGUGUGCGAUCAAUCGGCCUACUGCGCGCUUUUGAGAAGUAUGGGUACACCGCACACUCUGCAACGAUUGGCAAGGUGUACGCGAACACUAAUACCGGUACCAAUACCGAAAACAGAGCUCUUAACAACAAUGCUAGUACAGUCUCCAAACCGGAAGAAUCACGAAACGUGGAAAACGAUAGAUUGCCAAAUGUUAGACAGAUUAUACCCAACGAUACCGCAGAGAUGAGUCGGCUGUUGGCGGAUACCUGCCCACAUGUGGUCGUGUUCGACCGCAUGUGGGUGGAGGAAAUGUUCAGCCACUAUAUUUAUCAACAAACGCCCGAUGCCAUGAGAAUACUGGACACCCAGGAUUUACAUUCUCUGAGAGACGGACGGAUGAAAAUCAUCCGAAGUGGUGGUACUAUCGAAGAGAGUGUCGCGCAUAUUCCCUAUCCCAGUAGUAGUCCCAUGGCGUCCCGUGAGUUAGCGGCAAUCCAUCGGAGUGAUCUUACACUGGUAUGCUCCACACACGAGGCUCAACUGCUCAAGAAAGAGUACGGCAUUCUACCGCACAAAGUGGCUGUCGCCCCUUUUAUCAGUGCGCCGGAAUUCAGCAGCAGGAGUACAGAACCACUGGUAACGGUCGCGCACGUCUUGCCAUGUAUUGCAGAUGACCUGUCGCAGGACUCAGAUUGCUCACUCCCUGCCACACAACUGCCCACGAAUAUUUUCCUACGUCCGAUAAAUGAGUCUCAGCAGAUAGUGAAUGAGGCGCAACAAACGACACAUCGGUCGCAACAGGCAAUGAAUGGGCAACAACAGCCGAUAUGCGGGUCACAAAACCCGACAAGGGAGUCCCGGCCCCGUCGGCACUUCAUGACCAUCGGACGAUACGACCAUCCUCCCAAUGCCGAUUCGCUGAGCUGGCUGUGUGGUUCCAUCUGGCCCCUUAUUCGCCAGCAACUGCCAGACGCCCAGCUGCACGUCUACGGCUCGCACUUCCCUCCGAAUGCGGCACACUCACUCACGUACAUGUGUGAGUCGGAGACACGUCUCCAGGCGCAACCAUGUACAUCGGGAGGUAAAGGUGCUUCUCAAAGCUCGCGUAUGGUCAAGGUCCACAAUAUUGCCAAAGGUGUUCACGUAAAAGGAUACAUGGAAUCGCUCGAGGAGCUAUCACAGUACAAAGUGAUGCUCGCUCCCCUGCGAUAUGGUGCUGGCAUCAAAGGCAAAAUUGCAGAUGGUUGGAAAUGGGGGCUGCCAGUGGUGACCACUCCUAUUGGUUGCGAGGGAAUGGGAGCUACGCAUCUUCAUGAACACGAGACUACAAACAUCUGCAAAUCCACUCGCGCACCGGAUCAAUAUAUGGCGCCCUAUCCCAAACAUGUGUGCGGACGUGUGCCAACGGAAGUGCACGUGCAUGACCAUUUGGCCAUUCAGACAGAAAACAAGCAGCCCAGGGUAUCAGCACCAGCUGAUAAUAUAGCAUCUGACGUAUCGGAAGAAGCAUAUACGGAUGGCCAUUCUGCCCAGCUGGCAGCACAGGACCUGAGUCGUGGUUCGGAUAACCCAAUCUUAAGUGAAUGUAGAGCCCCAAGCACGCCCGUAGUACCGGUAUUGAAGGUACUGACUAGUCGCGACGAAUCCGAGGUUUCUGUCAGCUUCGAUGAUACAACCAGAAUCAAAAAUGAAACCGUGACAUUGGAUGUAGAUGCACAAAUGUGCGAAAGGAGAUUCAAAGGCACGGUACGGGAAAAAUGGCCAGGGAUAUGUUCCCCCACAUCGGCGAAAGACUUUGCAGAUCGAGCGGUUAAACUUUAUACAGAUGGUAGCAUGUGGAGGGACAUACAACAACGUGGUAGGAGCAAACACAGCGAGCUGUUUGUGUGGGAAGCGAACGCCAAGGAUUUAUUAGAACUGGUGGUGCCAGGUUUGUGCGAGCGUUUACAUUCGAAUAGAGAGAAGGAUGUAGUGCAGGGGAUGAUAUGGCAUCAUUCGCUGGCCACUACACGCCAUCUGGCACGGUAUAUUGAGCUUAAGAACAACGAUGGUAGUACAUAUAAAUAGGUUCGUGCUCAAAUCUGGUUUACGCAGGGUUAUGCUUGCUGCACACUUGCCACGUAUUCUCGCUGAGGAUUGAGAACAACUCAUUGUCUGGAGAGUUAACACAUCUUGGUGCAACACAUAUUAGGUGCGUAGUGGCGUAUUCAACAGCCUGACAUAUAUUGCCGCGUAAUAUGCUACUUAUUGUUUUGCGUAUAUCCAGAUUCUCUAUCUAUGUACAUGUUCGCAGAGGCUAUUCCGGAAAAUUGAGAUGCGCCUUUAAUAAAGUGUAUCG